UCCUCGGGCAAGCCUCUGACUACUCGGAGAGAGCCGGAGUAUUCGGUCCAAAAGGACAAGCCAUCGCCGGCCGGCGACUCAACGCCACCCAAACUCGAGACGGCACUCAUCGGACUGAGCUGGCUGGGCCAAUGGCGGGGCUGGGCUCUCUCUGGGAGGCCCUCCAGGCACUCCUGCCCCGCACGAAAGAGGAGCUGAAGCUGGAGCUGGGAGAGAAGGUGGAGGGCAGCGUGGUGCUGCUGCUGCAGGAGGCCGCCGAGCUCUUCUACGGGGACAGGAGGCAAGAGUGUCUGCAGACCUGCGAGGCACUGCUCGACUAUUCCUGGGAGAAGCUCAACACGGGGCCCUGGCAGCACGUGGACAAGGACUGGCGGCGGGUGUACGCCUUCAGCUGCCUCCUUAAAGCCAUGUGUCUGUGCGCACCGCCUGGGGACGCUGCCUCCGUGGCCGCUGCCCUGAAAGUCUGCGACAUGGGCCUGCUGAUGGGGGCGGCCAUCCUUGGGGACAUCCUCCUUAAAGUCACUGCUGUCCUCCAGGAGCACCUGCUCUCCGGAAAAAGGCCUGCCCCUGGCCCGAGCCAGGAGCCGCCCAGCAUAAAGAAAGCUAGGAAUGACCACGUUUCGAUCCCAGAUAUGACGUCAGAAAGAACAGUGCCCCGGCUUCACUGUCCAUCCCUCCAGUAUUUCAGGAAGCAUUUUUUGGAUCCAGGGAGGCCUGUGAUCUUGGAAGGCGUGGCUGACCACUGGCCGUGCAUGAAGAAGUGGAGCCUGGAGUACAUCCAGGACAUCGCCGGCUGCCGCACCGUCCCUGUGGAGGUUGGUUCCAGGUACACAGACGAGGAGUGGUCCCAGACACUCAUGACGGUCAACGAGUUCAUCAGCAAGUACAUCAGUAAUGAGCCGAAGGACAUUGGGUACCUUGCUCAGCACCAGCUCUUUGACCAGAUCCCAGAGCUGAAGCAGGACAUCAGCAUUCCCGAUUACUGCUGCCUGGGUGACGGGGAGGAAGAGGAGAUCACCAUCAACGCCUGGUUCGGUCCCCGAGGCACCAUCUCCCCACUUCACCAGGAUCCCCAGCAGAACUUCCUAGCCCAGGUGAUGGGCAGGAAGUACAUCCGGCUGUACUCCCCGCAGGAGUCGGAAGCACUGUAUCCUCACGACACGCACCUUCUUCACAACACGAGCCAGGUUGACGUGGAGAAUCCCGACGUGGAGAAGUUCCCCAGGUUUGCCGAGGCCCCAUUCCUGUCCUGCGUCCUGUCUCCGGGAGAGAUCCUCUUCAUCCCGGUGAAGUACUGGCACUAUGUGCGGGCACUGGACUUGAGCUUCUCCGUCAGCUUCUGGUGGUCGUAGCUGGAGUGGGGGCCUGGAGUGGGGGCCUGGCGUGCAGACGCGUGCGUGGUCACACAUCCUCCACCCUGUGCCCGGCCCGGCCCGGCCUGCAACUGAGGACAUCCUUGCCGGGCACACACCAGGCCAGGGGUGCCCAGGCCAGUGUGGGCGGCAGAGUCAGGCAGGCGGGACCCCGGAAGGAUGUUGCAGGCCCACAACCCACACAGAAGCUCUUGGGCUCUGAGGUUGGCUGGCUAGAUUCAAGCCCAGCCCCUUCGUGUAAUUGCUGUGUGAUUUGGGGCAAGAAACUCCACUGGGUGUGUUUCCAUCUGGAAAAUAGGGCAGCGCUAGUCCUCACCACAGAGCGCUGUAGGAACAGGGUGUCAGCAGAGCUGCCAUCACCAAUCUUCACGAUUGUUACGACUGUUAAUACUGUUCUGUGCUGACUGGCCUGUGAGGACAGCCACAGCCUGCAGGCUCUAGGGCGGGCUGGCCGUGGCCUGGUCACAGGAGAGGGUCCUUAUCCGCUUGUUCAGCUCAGGCUUCUGCUGGGCACUGGGGAAUCGGGCAGUUUCUGUACCAAAGUGUAACCUGCCUUCAGAGAAGUGCACAGAUCUGCUACCUUGGAGAAUUUUCUGCUCCCUCCCCUCCUCCCCCGCCACCCCCCCACAACCAGCUCCCCAAGUCAAGAAACAGAGCCACCUGGCAGGUCCCCUCCUGCUGUCUCCAUAGCCCAGGGGUCACUGCUCUCCGGAAGAGAGAAUUUUAGGCCAGGAGGGACCCAGGCUUCAGAUUUUCCAUAAACAUGUUUGCUUCGUUUGUGUAAAACAUGGUUGGUUCUGUUUGAAUUUCGACCAGGUGAGGAUGUGGGGCGCAGGGGUGUCACAGACCUGCAGGAAGAGCUGCGGAGGAAGCCCAGGGCCAGGCCUCUACCCACCGGGCCUCUGUCCCUCCCCAGCCACCUCACGUCUGCUGGUCUGGCCUUGGUUUCGGUCUCUCCCCUCUUGCAGGUAGCCUUCUCCCCAGUGGGGUGGAAAUACAGUGGCCCUAGGAGGUCAACUCCAGAUCCCAUCACCUUGACCCACAGCUCAGAAACCU